UUUUCCGCAGAUACCACAGCUUGCAGUGACACUUGAUGAGAAACCUUCCCUGAUGAAAGGACAUUCAUUCUCCGAACCCAACGAGAACGAAGAGAAGGAUUACAGAGUGACAUCAAACAAAACUGACAACUCAUCAGAAGAUGACGAUGGCCAACCUGCUGCAUUUAGACGCAAUACAAAAGUGUAUUAUUUGCCAGAGAAAUCAGAUUAUAAGGCUCAGUUCUUCUGUCUUAAUUCAAAUUUUACACCUGAUCUAAAAUGCAUCACUCCAACAAAAGAAAUUAAACUUGACUCGACAAAGUUUUUGUUUAAAGGUUUGAAAACUUACACUUACCCACGUGCAAAAGAAACAAAAACAGCAACAAAACAGACAGAAAAAAAGAACAAAGGAAAGCAGAAACCAUUCUUAACUGCUUCUACCCUUUUGCAAUAUUUUCCAAAGACGUCCACGGAAGCAAUAUUACUGCCAUCACUUAACCGAAAACUAUUAAUUCUAAACAAAAAUACCUAAAACAACAAAAUUUUAUUACGUCUUAUUUUUUGCUUUAUUUAUAUUUGUAUUUUGGGGGUUUAUUUUGUGUUUUCAAAAAUUUCCUUUCCGGGACUUUUCGG